GUGCCCGACCGGCGAAGGGACCGCAUCGCUUUCUGUGGCCAGGCCAAGACAGCGUGUAUCGUCCCGCCAAUUUUGUUUCUGAAAGCCGAAUGAAUUCUGGAAAAGCGAAUCUAUUAGCUGCUUUACGGUCAACAGUUAGAAAUAUAGAAAAAGCCCGAAUGAAAGAGUUGAUCAAUAUGAUGAAAUACAACGUGCAGUUUAGUUGUUCGUAACUAAAUCGUACCGACUUAAAGGGACACCGUGAAAACGUUGCUAUCACUCGAUUGUCACCCAUCGCGCUAGGAAUACCGCAGCAAAUAAGGAUAUCUACUAACCCCUGGAGUAUAGUGGAGUGUACCUAAUAGUGAGGAGGUGCGCGUUCUCCACUGUUUGCCCAUUCGUGCAAAUAUAUUUUUAUGAUUUUGUUUCCUUCUCGAUUUUCUCGAUCUAGGUUGGAUACAACGGAGAUGGUGGGCAGCGUUGUGACGUCAACGCAUGCUUAGCGUUAGGUUAACGUCGAGUGGGAAAAAGCAACUUGCGCCAUAACAGCAGUGAAAGCCAAGUCAGUAAGCGAGAUCCGACCAGGCCGAGAACCGCGCAUAGCGAAGAAGCUGCUGCAGGGAACGCGCUCAUCGUCGCUUGGCUGUCCUCUUUCCUUCUGUGUGUGGGUCUUCAUCACCUUGAGUGUGUGCCUGGCAUCGAACACGCGCGUUCGCUCCCCAUUAAUUAAUAUUAAUCAUAGAUUGUGAUUAUCAAUACGGCAUACAACGACACAGAGGGAGGAUACACUAUACCGUUGCUAUCAGCCUAGAACAAGCAAUAGCGGCCGCCCGGUUGGAUACUAUAGCUACUACGGCUUUGACCACUUCGAUGACUCCUACGCUAAAAGUGUAUGUGUUCUGUGCGCGAUUUUUGUCUUCACUCUUCUAAUCGUAGUUGUAACAAUCAUCGUAAUAGAAGUAAAUAUUGCCAGCGUCACUUGCGACUAGUUCCUCUCUCGGGUGGCCAUGAUAAAAAUUCCCAGGCGUCAAUAACGACGGCAGACCGCCAUUGCAUCGCAUGCCGCUGUCGUGUUCCGCGUUUGAAUCGCAUCGUAACUAGUUGAUAAGUGCUUGAAUAGAAUGGACUAGUCUGAGACAAUUGCUGGCCAUCUCUAGUAACAAUUGCGCCUAUAGUCUUGUUAGCCAACGAUCCGACACAAUUUCUCAACGAAUGCACCUACGAGCAUAGAACACUGAACGUUGAAAAUGGCGCUAGCUUAGUAAUUAAUACUAAUAAUGCUUUGUUACCUUUGCGACGGCUAGUAGGAUCUGUAGUGGUAGAUUAUAGGCGUAGCACUCGUGGUCGGUCUCGAACGGCUCGAAGCAGCAAACGACUGACAUCGACGAAGGAACGUAAUACCGCAACAGGAACAGUAAUAGGCAAGGGAAAAGGCAAGCGACGAAAGCAUCAUACGACGAAAAUUUGUCGCCGCUGGCUUCUGAUCAUCUGACUCACACGCACCAGUCAUUUGUCAUCAAUCUAUUGUCACCGCCAACCCAUUGUUGCUGAUGUUGUUUCCGUUGAUCGAAAUCCCGAUAUCAUUACAUAGUCAUCUUAGUUCGAGGCUAUUGAAUUUUCAUCGUUGUUGCAUAUCGAUCAGUGGCAGGUCGAGUCAAAGCUUGUCCUAUCCAUAGGCUUUCCAUGCUACCACGUGCUACUCGUUCGGUAUAAAUUCACCAUGUAUGUGUCAGAGUCGUUGUUGUUAUUCUUGUUAUUAUUACCAGUGAUGAGCCACGGAGAGUAUUUGUCGUAGGCGAUGAUCGUGCGAGAGUGAAAAGGGGGCAGAAUUAAGGACGAGCAUAAUUGUGUGCUGUAUAGGUGUGAAUGUGUGUGUUGACCUAAUAGUGAUACAGAAAGAAAAGGCAGGAGUGUGAAAGAAACAAAGAUUAGAUAAGCUCUACAAAAGGAUACCGUGCUCGCGACUGGUUACGUAUUGGUAUAAGAAGAUUUCAAAGCAAGAUAGCCUGUUUGUUCGUACGCCUUUUGCUUGCUUCAUCCCACUAUUACACGCUACAUUCGUGCUUGCCGUCGUCACAGUCUAUCUAUUAACCAUUGUGACAGCGGCAGCUGAAGAACCGCACAAACGAACAACAGCAACAACAUCAUCAUCGUCAUUAUCAGAUACUACCUCUACAAAAAGAUACACAAAGGAAUAACAGUGAAAAAAUCGUUAAACGUUUGGAUACAACAAUAUCAUCUACAUAUUGUGGUUCCACUAGCUACUACAACUAUACAUUUACACCGAUAAUAAUAAUAAUAAUAAUAAUAGUAAAGAGGAAGGAAGGUAAUAUCUCGGUGAUUGCUACGAAAUAUCGUUUCUGUGUGCCCGAGUGCAAGAAUUGAAAGGCAAGGAAAAGAUUUGCCCUAAGGAUACAUAAUAAUAUAAUAGAGUGAGGAAUAAGGAUAAAAAUCGUAAAGAAAGAUCUUUACGGAGAACGGAAGAGCAUCGUGAGAAAUACAAAUAAGGCAUCAACGAUAACAGCGCUAAAGCAAGUUUUUCGCCCUGGAUUAGCCCUGCGAUACACUUUGUGUUGAGUUGUUGUGUGGAGUGUGCUGAAGAGUCCCAGUUCAGUGGCCUGCCCAUCGGGGCUAGGGCCUACAGCGGACAUACAACCACAAUGGACAUUCUUCCCUCAGGGAGCAUCUUCAACGAGUUGCAGGCGAUCCACGAUACAGGAUACCUGCCCUCGACGCCUUCGCUAGAGGAGACAUGGCAACAGACAAUCCUCGAGAUGGAACGAUACCUAAAGAAUGAGCCGCGAACCGACGCCCUUGACGAAGGAUUGGUAGAAGACGUUUUCAUGCGGUCGUGGGAGGACAUCUCGCAAGGGGCCAAAGAACGUCUAUUAUGCAGUUCCAUCUCAUCACACCUGGACAGCGGAAUUGGCAGCUCCGAAGAAACAGAAGACAUAGAUGAGUUCAAUGGCAAUGCGGAAGAAAUCGAUGCAGUUAGUGUUUCAUCAUCGAGUAGCGUGUCCUGGGAUAGCGAUACGGCUCCAGUUGCUUCGCCGUCGACAGCCAAACGGCGGAAGGCCCUUAUUCCGGAAGGCAUGAUGGCAACGAUGAAAAUUCUGCCGGUCGGUUCGGGACAUCCGUUGUCUCCCCCAUCAUCGCCAGAUGUCUCUCGUAAACAGGCCGUUUCGUCGACUGUUUCGUUCAGAGUAUCGUCAAGUCGAAAUCGCCGCUUCGAGGCUGAGUCUGGCGGAAAGCGACGCGUACAUCGCUGCCAGUUCAACGGAUGCAAGAAGGUCUACACCAAAUCAUCGCAUCUCAAGGCGCAUCAGCGAACGCAUACUGGAGAGAAGCCAUACAAGUGCUCGUGGGAGGGUUGCGAGUGGCGGUUCGCCCGAUCCGACGAACUAACGCGCCAUUACCGGAAACAUACGGGUUCGAAGCCGUUUAAAUGCAGCCACUGCGAUCGCUGUUUCUCGCGGUCGGACCACCUAGCCCUACACAACAAACGCCAUCAGCCCUGAGAACGUCGUUACAAUGUUUGCUACGCCGUCAUGACAACACGCUAUCUCCCCCGCUGAGCUAUUGUCACAACUCCAGCCGGUGUUUACGUUCAUGCAAAGUAUGGAUUUCAGCGGGAAGAUAUGGACAGAGAACACGGACGUCGAUGAGAGAUAGCCAUCUAACGAAAAUCCCUUAACUCAGAAUGAAAAAUUCAGCAGCGACAAAAUGACAAUCAGGCACGAUUGACCUCAAACGAACCUCGAUAAGUUAAGCAGUAGUUUAAAAAUGGCGUCAGUUUGUUGAUAUGGAACUCACGACACAACAGCAACGAGCGGAUAUCGACAAUGGCCGAUUCCGGUACACGGCGACGUAGACUCACUUGAUUGAUCAUUGAUUGGUUAAUAAUGGAUUUACGGUCGAUGUGAAAUAACGAAUUCAUUGUGGUAAAAUAGUUUCCUUGCUGACGAUAAAAUAUGCUGAUGGUGUAACACGUAUGGAAGCCCACCUGUUAGUGCACAGCGGGAUUGGCAUAUUUUCUAUGUUAAAGUAAUUGAAUAGAUAUACUACUGACAACGCUGAUUACACAUAAAUAUACACAUACAUAUAUACAGGUAAACAUCACUGGGAUUGUUGAAUUAACGUGACAAAAUAGGGACGGUCCGCAUGGUUUCGUCUGAUGAUCACUAAAUAUAAACUGGGAAAAUUCUAAAUGAGUGCUCGUUUUCGGAGACUUCGAGAAGUUUACGAAGCUUAUUAGCCAGCUAGCUAACCCUCAUGACCAACUGGGCUGCCAUCUAUCUAAUACUGGUAGCACUCAUAUAUAUAUGAAGCGUUCGUGCUAGUACGUCAGGCCCGAGUGACCCUGCUUGUAACGGAUUUAGGACCACUCGCCUCGACGCACUAGCAUAAUGAUCUGAUUGUGAAGAAUAAUGUAAAACUGGGACAUCGCGCGCUCUCUGAGUGAAAUUACACUGAAACGUCAUUUGUAAUGAUGAUAAUCUGUAGAAGUAGCUAUUGAUAAGACCUGCGAAGGGAAGGCGUACAGAUAGCUAGCUACAAGCUGUAACAAGUAGAUCUGCAACGAUAACCACAAGAUGGUGAACGCGCUAAAUGAAUUGAAUGAACAGACUAAUUAUGGAUGCAUAGAAAUCUCUCUCUCUCAAUAUAUAUACAUAUAUAAUGGUAUUUACAAUAUAUAUAUAUACAUACAUACAUACUUACUAGAUCGUAAUGACACGAAAUGGAAGACAAGGCAAAGCAAAACUCAUUAUUCUAAUAGCGCACAUAUAAACACAUACACCAAUACGUUGACGGAUAUCGACAGAACGCGACUGUAAUGGAAAAACGUCUUCACCUUCAUGAGCGAACGAUAUCGUCCAUUGAAUGUAAUGAAAAACAAAGAAAUUCAAGUUGAAUAGAAAAUUUGAGCGAAAUCUCUUUGCUUUCCGCAUAGACGGCGAAAAGGUAACUGAAAAUGGCCGUAUCACAGUUGUGGUAUGUAUUGCAGUAUGUCGUAAUUGCAUUAGAAGCGCUAGAGGAAACAGUACUAAUAACCAUCAUAGGUUCCUGUAGUACCAGCGGUAAGAUUAGUGAUGCUGGUAACAGAAAGAAAUUACGGUAGAACUAAAAAUGGCUAUAGAUGUAAGCCCGCCGGAGAGCCUCGAAAUUUCGAUCUCUAUGUCAUCUUGUCAAUGGCGAACAGCCACGAACACAGCAGCUGGACGAGCCCAGCGAGCACAGAAGAGGACGACAACGAUUACGGCGAGUCCAGCGAAAAAUAAGUCAUAAAUAUUGUGCAAUAUUUAGUGUAUACUGUGUAUUCAUUUCUGGGACGCGAUCGUGUUGCCGAAUUCGCAGAGCUCUUGCUGCUCGCUACUUUUGUACUGUAGAAUGAUGAUUAGCUGAAGAUAGAAAGAACGGUGAUCCAACGGCUGAUAGUGUCAUACCCGCCGAAGUGUGAGCUUAAGAACGAAAGACUUGAAAACUCGAGGAACGACAACGACUAUCGACUGGUUGAAAGUCUAAGGGCACUGGGACCAGGGGCCUGAGAAAGGCCUAAGGACAUAAAGAUCAAUACGCCAGUAACCCUUCACAGAGCAUGAGAUACUCAAAUUUCCCAACGAUUACAGCAUUCAAAAAUAGACAACUAAACUGACGCCAGACAAGUUAUUGUCCGAGGAUUGUAGGACUACGCGCACAGGAGUGGGGACGAGUGCAGCGACUGCGGAUGCGACGACCCGAUCAUAAAAUGAUCACGGCUCCCGGUGAGGCAGGGCGUCAUCUUGCGACCCAAGAGGAAAAGGACAGAAACGGAACGCAAAACAUUAAGUAGUAGAAAGGUAAAAAAACAACGCCGAAAUCUACACUGCCUAAGUUAGAGGACAACAGCUAUUCGACAGCGAUGUUUUCACUAUGGAAACAAAAACUCUCCACAGAAGAUGGUCCCUAAACGACGACGGCAAACAAGAGAUGUUCGUGUCGGACGUCCACGGAGCACUCAUGGCGAAAAUGCCCGCUAUGACGUCGUCGGUACCCCGCCGUCGGUUGAUUGCCGAUGCGAGCUCUCUACAGGCGACGACGAAGCGGACUGACUCAUUUGCUACUUGGUAUAUACAAAUUAUAUAAAUAUAUUAAUAGGUACCUCAUAACGGUAUAAGAGAUUGGUAUUGUACGGACUGACGGACGACUAUAACGUAAUAUAAUAGUGACAUGUGUACUACACGGAAUGCAGUAGUAACAACCCUUGGUGUUUAUAUAUACAUAUACACAUAUAUAUAUAUGUAUGUAUAUAUAUAUAUAUGCAUAUAUAUAUGUAU